GAACAAGAAAUCCUCAUCCAUUGUGUUGGUCUUGCACUGUUUGUUACAGCCGUUCAUCUAUUCCUUCGUUGUCAUCUGGGCGCACAAGAACUUUGUUGGUGCUUAACACACACUCUCGGACAAACGACUCAAAAGUUUCCGACGACCAUUUCGUUUCAAUUAUUCGCUGUGGAGGUUUUAAAGGUGCCGCACGACCAUGGAGAAAAUAUCAAGUAGUAAAAACGGUAGUAGUAACAAAAGAAACAAUAGCCUGUUGUCGAUAAUGCGCGACUGGCAGACGGCAUGCUACGGCUUGGAGAACUCGGUGUCUGACACCGAGCCCUCGCAAUACUCCAUCUCUCUUUGCCCUGGGCCUCAGUGGUGGUCCUGAUGUCCCCCAUGCCGCAAUUGUAGCCAAACGCAACAGAGAGGGCAGCAGCGGCAUGGGCAAGCUUAUUCAAUCGGAGCUCUCUGUACUGGAAUCACAACCAGUGCAUGAAUUCGAACUUUUGGAGGACGUGAAGAAACAAUAUGCGGUACGGAUUACGUUUGGGAUGCAGAUCACGGCCGACGUGGACAUACAAUGGGAUACAAUAUUGUCAGGCCGCAAGCUCUACAUACAGGUGGCGGAUGCGCAAAGACCAGUUGGAUCAAAAGAAGGUUUUUUGGCCAUGCUGGAAUAUGCAGAAGAAUAUUUAAAUGUAUCUCAUAUAAUUGUCUGCUUUGCCAAGAAUCAUCCUGAACGCAACGUACUGGUCAGAGGUUUCAUGUUCUUGGGAUUUUCGUUACAACCUCCAGGGCUCAACAAUUGUACCACAUGCUGCUAUUGAUAACUUUAACCAUUACAUGGUGUACGAUGUCGAAUCAUAAUUUCAUUAAGUUUCUAUCAUUCUUAAAAGUAAAAAAAUAUUAAAAUAAUUUCAAAAUUAUAAGUAUUUAAACUGUAGGAUAUAUAGUUGAAUUCGAUUGUCAAUGCUGCCACUACCCCUCUUUGUUGCUCUUAACAUUAUUAUUAUUAAA